AUGGAUCACCAUGGAGAGGAAGAAGAUCCCAAGGAAUAUCGCUGGGAAACUGGCUAUGAAAAGACAUGGGAAGCCAUAAAGGAAGAUGAUGAUGGCCUUUUGGACAGCGCCAUAGCGGAUAUUAUUCAAAAGGCCAAAAGGAAGAGGCAGGCGCAAAAAACGAUGCAAAAUAAGCUUGGAAUGAUGCGACAUUUGUACUUAAUGUUGGACUGUUCGGAAUCUAUGUCGGUGCCAGAUCUUAAGCCCACCCGACUUCUGUGUACACUGAAGCUUUUGGAAAAAUUCAUUGAGGAAUUCUUUGAUCAAAAUCCAAUCAGUCAAAUGGGUUUAAUAGUGCUUAAAGGAAAACGUGCCGAAAAGGUGACCGAGUUGACUGGAACAGCUAAAUUGCAUCUAAAGGCUUUGGAUGGAUUACAGAAAAUAAAUCUUGUUGGUGAACCUUCCCUGCAGAAUGGCCUGGAUUUGGCAUUGAAAACGUUGAAGGUUGUGCCAUCUCAUGCCUCAAGGGAAGUUCUAAUUAUCAUGGGUUCCCUUACCACAUGCGAUCCCAUUGAUAUUAAUUUAACAAUUGAUGCACUGAAGCAAGAGAGUAUACGCUGUUCGGUUAUAUCCUUGUCCGCUGAAAUACAUGUCUGCCGCCACCUUACACAACAAACAGGCGGUACUUAUGGAGCCGUUCUAGACGAUUCACACUAUCGCGAUCAAUUGCUGUCACACGUUGAUCCACCACCUGCAGCCCAGACCCAAGAAAAUUCUCUCAUCAAAAUGGGAUUUCCACACGCACGACAGGAUGAGGGUAAAGAAAAAGAUCCACCAUUAUCGAUGUGUAUGUGCCACAUUGAAAAUGCCGAUGAACCGAGUAAAAUUACCUCAGGUGGAUUCCAUUGUCCACAGUGUCAUAGUAAAUAUUGUGAAUUGCCGGUGGAGUGUCAAACAUGUGGUUUGACAUUGGUUUCGGCGCCUCACUUAGCUCGUUCCUAUCAUCAUUUGUUUCCUGUACAAAAUUUCACCGAGUUAAUUUACAAUGGUCAGGCAGCAAUUUGUUAUGCCUGUCAGAAACCCCUCACUGAAGCUACCGAUAAAAAUGUAUAUCGUUGUGAGGCUUGCUCUCAAAUCUUUUGCUUGGAUUGUGAUAUUUUUAUACAUGAAACGUUGCAUACUUGUGUGGGCUGUGUAACGAUACCGGGUGCAGCGGCUCAGGUACAUGCACGUAAACCGCAAGCACCACCAAUGGGAAUGAUGUUGGGAUCAUCGUUGGGUCAACGAUUUUAGGU